UAGAAAGUGUUUACAUAUUUACAAGAAAUGUUUACAAUUUAUAAACUUCAAAUUUAAAUGAAAUCUGACUUAACUCGGUAUCUUAUUUUAUUUUUUAUGGGAUUUCGCUGUGAUAUAUUUCAUUAAAAACGAUAUAAACAACUUGAUCUUAUAAGCUGUGUCUUUAUUUCUGAUUGUUAAAGAACAUUUUAACGUCUCACCAUGUCAUCGAGUAAACAAACUUCAUCAAAUCAUGAUGAAGAAGAAAGACUCAAAGAUAUUGCAGAAAGAGAUGCUUAUGCAGAGAGACUCAGAGAAAAGGACCAAAAAAGGACUCGUAAUGUGGCCACCAAAUCAGAUGAAAGGAUGUACGCUGAAGCAGCGAAAAGACUAAAACUGGAAAAUGAGGAUAGAAAAGCUAUAGUACCAAAACUGCGAGAGGAAUCGAGAAAAAACUAUCUAAUCAAACGAAAGGCCGAUCAAUUGGUUUUGUUAGAAGGGGAAAUUAAGGAUGAAGAACAGAUUUUCAGUGAUGUACCCUUAACUAAAGCUGAAAAGGCUGAAUAUGAAUACAAGAAAAAGGUUCUUACUUUGGCUAAGGAACAUGAACAGGCUAAAGAAUUGGAAAGUAUUAGAAGAUAUCACAUUCCAGAAGAAAGUAAACCAAGCAAAGUUUAUGAAGAAAUCGAUGAAAGGGAGAAACAACCAAACGCUGAAGCUAGAAAAUGGGAAGAAGAAAGGUUAAAUACUGCCAAAUUAUCAUUCGGAGCAAAAAAUAAAUCCAAAAAGGUUGAAGAAUAUGAUAUUUUAAUUGAUGCUUCAAUCGACUUCAUCAAAGCACUAACGGUUGGUGGACAAAAUACUGACGAAAAAGAUAUAGUUGACGAAGAAACAGCAAAAAGAAUGACAAUUGCUGAAACAAGAAGAUCAUUACCGAUUUAUGCUUACAAAAGAGAACUCAUCAAAGCAGUAAAAGAGCAUCAAAUUUUAAUCAUUGAAGGAGAGACAGGAUCUGGAAAGACAACACAAAUUCCCCAAUAUUUACAUGAAGCAGGUUUCACCAAAGGAGGUAAAAAAGUUGGUUGCACACAGCCAAGAAGAGUAGCUGCUAUGAGCGUAGCGGCCCGUGUUGCUCAAGAAAUGAAUGUUAAACUUGGCCAUGAAGUCGGUUAUAGUAUUCGUUUUGAAGAUUGUACUAGUGAGCGAACUGUGAUUAAAUACAUGACUGAUGGUAUGUUACUCCGAGAAUUCCUCUCUGAACCUGAUUUAGCAUCUUAUUCAUGCUUGAUUGUUGACGAAGCACACGAGAGAACCCUUCAUACAGACAUUUUGUUUGGCUUAGUUAAAGAUAUAGCUCGAUUUAGACCUGACUUUAAGCUUCUCAUCUCCAGUGCCACUCUGGAUGCCGAAAAAUUCAGCGUCUUUUUUGAUGAAGCUCCAGUUUUUCGUAUACCAGGUCGUCGGUUUCCAGUUGAUAUUUAUUACACCUCAGCACCUGAAGCUGAUUACAUAGAUGCCUGUGUAGUUACUAUUUUACAAAUACACAUCACACAACCUUUAGGUGAUAUUCUCGUCUUUCUUCCCGGUCAAGAGGAAAUCGAACAAUGUUCUGAAGUUUUGAUGGAACGACAACGAAAGUUAGGAUCAAAAAUCAGGGAACUUAUAAUCAGACCAAUUUACGCUAACUUGCCUCAAGAAUUACAAGCUCAAGUUUUCGAACCAACUCCACCGGGUGCUCGGAAAGUUGUAAUUGCUACCAACAUUGCUGAAACUUCAUUAACAAUAGAUGGUAUUAUUUAUGUCAUCGAUCCUGGUUAUUGUAAAUUAAAUAUUUAUAAUCCGAGAUCUCGUAUGGAAUCUUUAGUUGUCCAACCAGUCUCUAAAGCUAGUGCUAAUCAAAGAGCCGGUAGAGCUGGUCGUGUUGCUGCCGGUAAAUGUUUUAGACUGUUCACUGCAUGGGCAUAUCAGAAUGAGCUUGAGGAUAAUACUGUUCCUGAAAUUCAAAGGGUUCAUCUUGGUAACGCCGUUUUACUUUUGAAAAGUUUAGGAAUCAAUGACAUUAUUCAUUUUGACUUUUUGGAUCCACCGCCAUCUGAAACGCUUGUACUUGCCUUAGAACAAUUAUAUGCAUUGGGAGCUCUUAAUCAAUUUGGUGAACUUACUCGACUUGGUCGUAAAAUGGCUGAAUUUCCUAUUGACCCAAUGAUGUCCAAAGCUUUAAUUGCAUCCGAAAAAUAUAACUGUAGUGUUGAGAUAAUGACCAUUUGCGCCAUGCUCAGUGUUAAUUCCAAUAUUUUUUAUCGGCCAAAAGACAAAGCUAUUCAUGCAGAUACGGCAAGGAAAAACUUUUUUCAACCUGGAGGGGAUCAUCUGAUGCUGUUGAAUGUUUAUAAUCAAUGGGUUGAAAUGGGAUAUACUAAACAAUGGUGUGCUGAAAAUUUUAUUCAAUAUCGAGCGCUAGUUAGAGCUCGAGAUAUACGAGAUCAACUAGAAAGUCUAAUGGAUCGAGCCGAAGUAGAAAUUAAAUCAAAUCCAACUGAAUUUGUACUCAUCCGUAAAGCCAUCUUAACAGGUUAUUUUUAUCAUGUUGCCCGUUUAGGAGGUGGUGGAGGCUCAUAUCGUACUUUAAAGCAACAUCAACCCGUUUCAAUUCAUCCUAAUUCAUCAUUGUUUGAUGAAGAACCUCGAUGGGUUCUCUAUCAUGAACUAGUUCUUACAACCAAAGAGUACAUGAGACAGGUUAUUGAAAUUGAACCUAAAUGGCUUGUAGAAAUUGCUCCACAUUUUUAUAAAUCCGAAGAGGUUGAAGAUUUAUGUAAGAAAAUGCCGAAAAAAGUAGGAAAAGCAAAGGAAGAACUGGAACGAAAUUAUUGAAUUUAUUUCAAUAUCAAGUUACUGUAAUUUUAAUUUUGUAAAUUUAAGACACAUUCAACUUAUUACUUUCAAAUAUUUAAUAAAACAUUUGUUGAACAUUUUGAGGUGUG